AUGUUAAAUUCCAAGAAGCUAAUUAAAUAAAAUCAGUUAACUGAAUUAAAUAAUUUUCUUCUCUAAGUAAAGCAAGCAUUUAUUACAGAUGAUUUUGAAUUUGCAAAUGAACCUGAAAAAAUAAUUGAUAAUAAAUUUCCAUUAUAAGAAAUUAUUGAAAAUACUAUUCCUUAGAUUAAGUAGGAUUAAAUAAAGCAAGCUACAUUGUAACCUUAGGAUGAUAUAUAGAAUUUGUUAUCGGGUUUGACUACUCUGUUGGAAAAAAAUUUACAAGAAUCUCAUAAUUUAUAUCAAAUAUUUCAAUCUAAUAAGUAGUUUAAUAGUAAGUGUUAAGAUUCUAAUUCCUCCUUUUAAUAUUAAAAAGAAGAAAAUAUUGAAGCAUUGCAAGAAGAUAUUAAAUUAAAUGAAAUAAAAUUAUUGUAAAUGCAGAAUUCUCGAUUACUGAAUAAAAUUGAGUCACUUAACGAAUAGAUUGCUCAAUUCGAAUCGGAUCUACAUGAAAACUCGAAAGAUUAUCGAUAAUUGGUCAGUCUCAUUAAUUCUACAUACUGUAUUUAAAGAAUUCAAUAUAUGGUGUAACAAAAUACAAUUACUAUUCUAGGGAAAGGAAACGAUGAAGAAAUAGAGUAAGGAGUUUUUGUUAUUGUUGAUGAUUAAAUAAUUUUAUCUCCUAGUUAUUUAGAUGAAAAUAAAAUGAUUUUAGAUAUUUCUCAAAUUUUAGAUGUCACUUAUAAAAAUGAUUUCUAGAUUAUCAUUCAUUAUAAUGAAGGUAAAUUAAUUUUAAUAAUGGAAAAUCAAUAAGAUUUUGCUAAAAUUGAUUUAUCUCUAUGGUCAACAAUGCGAAGGAAUGCUUGUUUGAAUUCAGAUAAAUUAUUUGAGAAUAGUUUAUUUGAAAGACCCUUCAGAUAAGAAAUUAAUAUAGACUUUAAAAAACUAAAAGAGCAACUAUUUAAUAUUAUUCCAUAAAUGGAAUAGGAAUCUAAACAAUAAUAAUAAUAAUAACAAUACUAAUAACAAUAACAAUAACAAUUCACUUUAAAUAUAAAAGGCUCUGAUCAUUUUACAGAAGUUCACUAGAGUAGUAAUAUAUAAGUUUAAUCUCAAUAAUCACCUGAAUUAAAAGGAACAUAACCUAAAUAACUAAUUUAAGUAAAUUAAUAAACUAAAUUAUAACAUGCUCUGCUUUAACUAAAAUAAGGAUUUUGUAUGAUUAAGUAUUCAGAGGGAUAAAGAAAGCCAAACAUCAAAAUUAUUUAUUUAACUGAAAAUGAACAAUACAUAAAAUGGAAAGAUGAAUUAUAACCAUUUGACUAAAAGAAUACAUCUGAAUAAAAAUCAAUUUAAAUUUCAUAAAUAAAAGAAGUCAAGGAUAAAGCUCAAGGAUCCGGUUUUGAGAAGUUUAAGAAAUAUCGAUAGGGAAAAGAAUCAUUAGGCAUCACAAUUAUUGCUAAGAGAAAUUUAGAGUUAGAUGCACCUAAACAAGAAAUUAAAGAUUUAUUUUUAGAUUGUUUAAAGAUAUUGUUAGACAAUAAACAAAAUAAUAAAUUCGAAUUGAAAAGCAAAAAGUGA